AUGUCUCUCCAAGAUAUCCACAAUCCCCUUGCUACCGCUGUUCUGGGGAUAAGCCACGUCUGGCCAGCAGGUCCCAAAGAGGCCUCGCAGGUGGUCCAGUCGGAUAUGAUCCGAGGGACGUAUAACUACGUAGAUGCCUUCUCGGUGCUGUGCGCUCUCUCUCCUGGUUGCGCUACUGCAGCAGCUGUCAUUGAGCACCGCGAGAGAGACUCGAGGCUUCACAUUUGCACACGGCCUUCAGCUCCACCUCAAUUGAGGUCUAUGAUGCUGGAAUGCUUGAGCCAUGUCAAAGAGCUUCGUUUCAAAGCCCUGUCACCUCCGGCAGCCGACUCCACGGUGGGACAGCGCUCGGACACAGCUGAAGCUCACGAUCUUCUCACCACAAUAUACGGUACCUGCUGGGAGAAGUAUCUGGAUCACAUCAAGGAAGAAGGGCUGGAACUAUUAGAGGACAUGGGAUCUGAUCCGGGAACUGAGAACAUCGAAUUGCUCAUCACGAGCCUCAAGAUCGUUUUACGCACCGAUAGGACCCCGGACACCGGGGAAACCGAUGAGGACCUCCUGGAAUUGCACAAUGCAGCUAAGGUCCUUGCGUCAAAUGCGGAGGUACUGACGAAAUAUGGUUGCUCUACCCAGCUCGCUUCGCGUCUACAGUCAUUGCCAGAUGCUGCCGAGGAGCUCCUUAAGUUCUCCUCCUCCCAAGAGAAACUGCCCUCAGACGUUGUCUGGGUGGUACCCUGCGAUCCUCAGCCUGAGUCUGUUUCCGCGGACAUCAAAACCAUCACGCGACUCCUCCAAUCAUCCAAUCUUCCCGACAUUCCCGACAACUUUCCCGACAUUGCAAACGCUGCUCGCUUGCCCCUGCAGCAAUCGCAAACCACCCCUCACAACUCUCCACUUACGUUCACCACACACUGUGCCAGCUUCCUCCUCCAAUACGUGUCGCAGAAUGGGUUGGUGAUCGACCCCUAUAUCGGUUGUCCCUGGGGUACCUGCUACUGCUGCAUCAUGCUCAUAGACGUGUACAACAAGUCACAGCCGCAGAAUAUGAGGCCGUACGCUAUCAGUCGCUUCAGCUGCGACUUCGAUUCCGCUUGGGGCUAUCCGUCUUUGGGAUCGGAAAUAAAUGAGAAUUUAAAGGGCAAGUUCCUCAAAACUUUGACGAAGUUAUCUAAAUACAGAGCCGCGCAAAGGAACAAGAACAAGCCCAUAGGGGGGAUAUUUGCGGACAAAGUCUCCGCCGAGACUGCGGUGAUAAGCAUCGUAGAAGCCUACUAG